GUUUGUGAAUUGAGUGAUUUUAGGUGAAAUAGUUGCUUGCCAAAGAAUCUUAAAAGCAAAUAUAACGGAGGCUUACUAAAUCAGAUAAAUGUGUCUUCUAGUAGUCCCAAGUGAUAUCUCUACUUCUCACUGUGACAGUUUUUAAAAAAGUUUUAAGUGUGCCUUGUCAUUUUUAUAGCACACAGUGUAAUUGUCUUCAGUGAUACAAGUUACCUGAUAUCACUUUCAUUACCUGGGCCUCCUGAGUUGUGCUAGAAAUCACUGAAAAUAAUUCAUACAUCAGUGUUUAGUAUUACUGGAUGACUAAUUCUCACAGUGUGCUGUCCCAAGGCCAUUCUUUGAGGUUGCCUUAUUCUGUUAUGUUUAUGUGAACAAUGAAACAGCUCCUAAUGAAGUUCAGAAGAAGUAUUUCACAAGAGCGUAAAGAUGGCAACAAGAUUACCACAGUUAUUGCCACCCCUGGCCAGGGCUCAGAUAGACCGCAGGAGGUAUCAUAUAUGGACACAAAAGUCAUUGGAAAUGGCAGUUUCGGUGUUGUGUUCCAAGCCAAGCUCUGUGAGACAGGGGAGCUCGUCGCCAUUAAGAAGGUGCUUCAGGACAAACGCUUUAAGAACCGAGAGCUGCAGAUUAUGAGAAGACUAGAACACUGUAAUAUAGUGAAACUGAAGUAUUUCUUCUACUCCAGUGGAGACAAGAAAGAAGAAGUGUUCUUGAACCUAGUGUUAGAAUUUAUUCCAGAGACAGUAUAUAAAGUAGCAAGGCAUCACAGCAAACAAAAACAAACUAUACCAAUCAGCUAUAUUAAGUUGUAUAUGUACCAGUUGUUCCGAAGCCUUGCCUAUAUUCACUCCCUGGGUGUCUGUCAUCGUGAUAUAAAGCCACAGAACCUUCUCCUGGACCCAGAAACGGGUGUUCUCAAACUAUGUGACUUUGGGAGUGCCAAACAUUUGGUUCGCGGAGAACCCAAUGUAUCGUACAUCUGCUCCCGCUAUUAUAGGGCUCCAGAACUCAUAUUUGGAGCAACUGAUUAUACCACCAAUAUUGACGUAUGGAGUGCAGGAUGUGUUUUAGCGGAACUUCUCCUUGGGCAGCCUAUCUUCCCAGGUGACUCUGGUGUGGACCAGUUAGUAGAAAUCAUCAAAGUUCUGGGCACACCAACACGUGAACAAAUCAGGGAAAUGAACCCGAAUUACACAGAGUUCAAAUUUCCGCAGAUUAAGUCUCAUCCAUGGCAGAAGGUGUUCCGUCAACGCACCCCAGAAGACGCUAUAAACCUGGUGUCACGACUGCUGGAAUACACACCAUCUGCGCGCAUCACGCCACUACAGGCCUGUGCGCACAAAUUCUUUGACGAACUCAGGGAUCCAAACACCAGACUACCCAACAAUCGGGAGUUACCACCCCUCUUCAAUUUUACCGAACAUG